AGUGUAGCAAGGUUCCAUAGUAACUUCAUUGGCACCGUGCGCGCUUGGCUGUCGUACACUGGGUAGUAGAAGCCGCUUCAUAGCGCUAAAUAGAAAAUACAUAUUUCAUACUUCACUUUUCCUCUCCAACACCCGUGGAAAUGUUUAACAGUCUUCUCAGGGAAUUUGACGAGGACCCUUUCUUGUCGGAUCCAUUCCAGGCACACAACACACAUGUACAACAGAUGAUGCGGAGUUUAUCAGAGCCCUUCGGUCGGGACUUCAUGCCCAGUCUGACAGGCGGAUGUGACAGGGGCCGCGUAGCUGGCCAACCUAACACUAACAUGGCGCUACAGGAGGACCACAGGGGGAUGAGCCAGUCGCUUUCACCUUUCGGCAGUAUUGAUAGCACGGACAUGGAGUCGAGGAACCCUUUCAGUAUGUUGGACAGCAUGAUGUUUGGCGUGAGGAACAGGAUGGGGAACAUGCACAGAAACUUUGAGAACCUGUCCACAGACCUGAACGCCAACCCCACCGCCCACUCAUUCAGCUCCUCCUCAGUGAUGACCUACUCCAAGGUUGGAGACGAACCCCCCAAAGUGUUCCAGGCCUCCUCCCAGACACGGCGUGCUCCCGGCGGGAUUAAGGAGACUCGGCAGUCCCUGAAGGACUCAGAGAGUGGCCUGGAGAAGAUGUCCAUUGGACACCAUAUCCAGGACCGGGGACACGUGCUGGAGAAAAAACACAACAAGAAGACAGGGGAACGGGAGCUCAACCAGGACUUCCAGAAUCUGGAUGAAUCCGAGGCACAGUCCUUUGACAAAGAGUGGCAGCAAGAGGUGUCUAAAUUCCGACCAUUUGUCCCCAUGUCCCGUCUGGAGGCUCCCAAGCCCAGGGCAGUGCACCGGGCAGCCCUCACCACCGGCCCCGACCAGGGACGGAGGGACAAACGAAACCCAAAACCUGAAGGAAGGAAAAUACACAUUGACGAUCUCAACGUCAAAGGCUCAGGCAUGACGAAGCAGUAGAAAUGUCUAGCGAAUAAAGCUAUGUCAGGCAACAAAUCUUUGAUGCUUUUACCUUUCUCCAAGACAAGCUUGGUUUCCAGGUAUUUUGUCUCACAGAAAAUCAGAAUGACCCAGUUGUUGAUAUGCUUUUUACCCAUUAAUUUUCACACUACCAAGUAAAGAACACUUGUUAAUGAAGUCAGGAACUUAUUCUGUCAGAGUAGAUCCACACAAGCUUCUUCCAAAAAGCUCAGGACUCCUGUGGAAGUAGCAUUAAGACAGGGACACCAUAAGCUACUAGCAAGUGAUAUAUGAUUUCAGAAUCAUGAUAUGAGAGCAGACAUAAUUGGUCACAAUUAGAUAAUACCCUAUAUUGGUCUAUCAUUGGGCAUCAGAUCAAUGUCAAUGUCAUCUCAGAAAAACUAUCCUGCUUUUGGAAAUGUCAUAUUCACAUUGUAUAGAUUGCAUCAAAAGGAAACAUACGUAUAUAUUUAUGCAGUUUGAAGUCCAUAAGUGCACUUAGAUGUCAAAAUUGUGUACUUUUUUGUGUAAUGGCCACCUGCUGUAAUCUUUGUAAAAAUUAUAAUACCCUUUUUAUAUUGUUAUUUGAUGAUGGUUUCUUGUUUUUCACCAUGCUAUUAAUUUAUCCCAUAAAACACAGAAUUUAUGGUUGGGAGGAAAGGUUCAUGUCCGGUUAAUUCUGAAAUAUUCUCAUGAUGGGAUUCUUAUCGAUUGACCUCAUAAGAUCCUCAAUUUGAAAAUAAAUAUUUAAUAUCAAAAGUGAAUGGUAGCAUAGAGUAUUCUUCAACUGAGUGUGUAUUUUGAAGUUUCCAAAAUGUCCUUUCAUUUGAAGGUACCAAAAUGUAUUUUACUCGUCAUCAAGCAUUGUGUUAAUCACUGUUCAGAGUGUCUGAUACUGUACGGGGGAGCUGCUGGCUGUGCCUGUGGCAAAUACAUCUAGCAGGGUAUUUUUGGAACAGACCUGUCAGUGACUCAGAGAUGUCUGAGCGGUCGCACACAGCUGUUAUGAAAACAGCGCUCUCUCGUGUCACGUGCCCCAUGUGCUCCAGAUUUAGUUGAACUUGUAUUUAUGUAUGUCUCGUCGCAUUUAUAUCAAGUGUCAAAAUAUACAGUUGAAGUUGGAAGUUUGCAUACACCUUAGUCAAAUACAUUUAAACUCAGUUUUUCACAACCACUGACAUAUAAUCCUAGUAAAUAUUCCCUGUAUUAGGUCAGUUAGGAUCACCACUUUAUUUUUAGAAUGUGAAAUGUCAGAAUAAUAGUAGAGAGAAUGAUUUAUUUCAGCUUUUAUUUCUUUCAUCACAUUCCCAGUGGGUAAGAAGUUUACAUUCACUCAAUUAGUAUUUGGUAGCAUUGCCUUUAGCUUCUUAUGGGCAGGUGGGAUGGUAGCGUCCCACCUGGCCAACAUCCGGUGAAAUUGCAGUUCGCGAAAUUCAAACUACAGAAUUAUAAAUAUUUAACUUUCAUAAAAUCACAAGUGUAAUACAUCAAAAUAAAGCUUAACUUCUUGUUAAUCCAGCCGCUGUGUCAGAUUUCAAAAAGGUUUUACGGCGAAAGCACACCAUGUGAUUAUCUGAGGACAGCGCCCCGCAUACAAAACCAUGAAAAACAUAUUUCAACCAGGCAGGUGCUACACGAAAGUCAGAUAUAGCGAUAUAAUAAAUGCCCUACCUGAUGAUCUUCUUCUGUUGGCACUCCAAAAGGUCCCAGUUACAUCAUAAAUGGUCCUUCUGUUUGAUAAUAUCCUUCUUUAUAUCCAUAAAAACUCAGUUUAGCUGGCGUGUUUCAGUCAAUAAUCCACCCAAUUUCCCUCCAUCAAAAUGCAUACAAAAUGAAUCCAAAACGUUACUAAUAAACUUUUCCAAACAAGUCAAACAACGUUUAUAAUCAAACCUUAGGUACCCUAUUACGUAAAUUAACGAUAAAAUUUAAGACAGAAUCGUUAUUGUCAUUACCAGAGAAAAAUACCAAAGAACGCGCUCUCAUUCACGAGCCUGGAAACACUACAGCCAAAAUGGGAGCCACCUAGAAAAAACAAUUCUCCAAAAAACACUUUAUUUUAACAGUUUUAGAAACUUUAGUGUUUCCUAUCCAAAUCUACCAAUUAUAUGCAUAUCCUAGCUUCUGGGCCUGAGUAACAGGCAGUUUAUUUUGGGCACGCUUUUUAUCCGGAUGUGAAAAUACUGCCCCCUACCCAAGUGAGGUUAAAUUGUUUAACUUGGGUCAAAUGUUUCGGGUAGCCUUCCAUAAGCUUCCCACAAUAAGUUGGGUGAAUUUUGGCUCAUUCCUCAUGACAGAGCUGGUGUAACUGAGUCAGGUUUGUUGGCCUCCUUGCUCGCACACGCUUUUUCAGUUCUGCCCACACAUUUUCUAUAGGAUUGCGGUCAGAGCUUUGUGAUGGCCACUCCAAUACCUUGACUUUGUUGUCCUUAAGCCAUUUUGACACACGAAUGCUUGGUAUCAUUGUCCAUUUGGAAGACCCAAUUGCAACCAAGCUUUAACUUCCUGACUGAUGUCUUGAGAUGUUGCUUCAAUAUAGCCACAUAAUUUUCCUUCCUCAUGAUACCAUCUAUUUUGUGAAGUGCACCGGUCCAUCCUGCAGCAAAGCACCCCCACAACAUGAUGCUGCCACCCUUGUGCUUCACGGCUGGGACAGUGUUCUACGACUUGCAAGCAUUUUUCCUCCAAACAUAACGAUGGUCAUUAUGGCCAAACAGUUAUAUUUUUGUUUCAUCAGACCAGAGGACAUUUCUCCAAAAAGUACAAUCUUUGUCCCCAUGUGCAGUUGCCAACCGUAGUCUGGAUUCUUUUAUGGCGGUUUUGGAGCAGUGGCUUCUUCCUUGCUUAAUAAGGCAUUUGGAAAUUGCUCCCAAGGAUGAACCAGACUUGUGGAGAUCUACAAUUUAUUUUCUUAGGUCUUGGCUGAUUUCUUUUGAUUUUCCGAUGUCAAGCAAAGAGGCACUUGGUUUGAAGGUAGGCCUUGAAAUACAUCCACAGGUACACCUCCAAUUGACUCAACUGUUGUCAAUUAGCCUAUCAGAAGCUUCUAAAGACAUUACAUACUUUUCUGGAAUUUUCCAAGCUGUUUAAAGGCACAGUCAACUUACAUAUGUAAACUCAUGACCCACUGGAAUUGUGAUACAGUGAUUUAUAUGUGAAAUAAUCUGUCUGUAAACAAUUGUUGGAAAAAUUACUUGUGUCAUGCACAAAGUAGAUGUCCUAACUGACUUGCCAAAGCUAUAGUUAGUCAACAAUACAUUUGUGCAGUGGUUGAAAAACAAAUUUUUAAUGACUCCAACCUAAGUGUAUGUUAACUUCCGACUUCAACUGUAUUAAGGAAUCACCUAUAAUGUUAAAUCAACAAAUGCUCAUACAGUGGGGCAAAAAAGUAUUUAGUCAGCCACCAAUUGUGCAAGUUCUCCCACUUAAAAAGAUGAGGCCUGUAAUUUUCAUCAUAGGUACACUUCAACUAUGACAGACAAAAUGAGGGAAAAAAUCCAGAAAAUCACAUUGUAGGAUUUUUAAUUAAUUUAUUUGCAAAUUUAUGGUGGAAAAUAAGUAUUUGGUCAAUAAAAUUUUAUCUCAAUACUUUGUUAUAUACCCUUUGUUGGCAAUGACAGAGGUCAAACGUUUUCUGUAAGUCUUCACAAGGUUUUCACACACUGUUGCUGGUAUUUUGGCCCAUUCCUCCAUGCAGAUCUCUAGAGCAGUGACGUUUUGGGGCUGUUGCUGGGCAACACAGACUUUCAACUCCCUCCAAAGAUUUUCUAUGGGGUUGAGAUCUGGAGACUGGCUAGGCCACUCCAGGACCUUGAAAUGCUUCUUACGAAGCCACUCCUUCGUUGCCCAGGCGGUGUGUUUGGGAUCAUUGUCAUGCUGAAAGACCCAGCCACGUUUCAUCUUCAAUGCCCUUGCUAAUGGAAGGAGGUUUUCACUCAAAAUCUCACGAUACAUGGCUCCAUUCAUUCUUUCCUUUACACGGAUCAGUCGUCCUGGUCCCUUUGCAGGAAAAACAGCCCCAAAGCAUGAUGUUUCCACCCCCAUGCUUCACAAUAGGUACGGUGUUCUUUGGAUGCAACUCAGCAUUCUUUGUCCUCCAAACACGACGAGUUGAGUUUUUACCAAAAAGUUAUAUUUUGGUUUCAUCUGACCAUAUGACAUUCUCCCAAUCUUCUUCGGGAUCAUCCAAAUGCUCUCUAGCAAACUUCAGACGGGCCUUGACAUGUACUGGCUUAAGCAGGGGGACACGUCUGGCACUGCAGGAUUUGAGUCCCUGGCGGCGUAGUGUGUUACUGAUGAUAGGCUUUGUUACUUUGGUCCCAGCUCUCUGCAGGUCAUUCACUAGGUCCCCCCGUGUGGUUCUGGGAUUUUUGCUCACCGUUCUUGUGAUAAUUUUGACCCCACGGGGUGAGAUCUUGCGUGGAGCCCCAGAUCGAGGGAGAUUAUCAGUGGUCUUGUAUGUCUUCCAUUUCCUAAUAAUUGCUCCCACAGUUGAUUUCUUCAAACCAAGCUGCUUACCUAUUGCAGAUUCAGUCUUCCCAGCCUGGUGCAAGUCUAAAAUUUUGUUUCUGACAGCUCUUUGGUCUUGGCCAUAGUGGAGUUUGGAGUGUGACUGUUUGAGGUUGUGGACAGGUGUCUUUUAUACUGAUAACAAGUUCAAACAGGUGCCAUUAAUACAGGUAACGAGUGGAGGACAGAGGAGCCUCUUAAAGAAGUUACAGGUCUGUGAGAGCCAGAAAUCUUGCUUGUUUGUAGGUGACCAAAUACUUAUUUUCCACCAUAAUUUGCAAAUAAAUUCAUUAAAAAUCCUACAAUGUGAUUUCCUGGAUUUUUUUUCUUCUCAUUUUGUCUCAUAGUUGAAUAACACAUAUGGAAUCAUGCACUAACCAAAAAAGUGUUAAACAAAUCAAAAUAUAUUUUAUAUUUGAGAUUCUUCAAAGUAGCCACCCUUUGCCUUGAUGACAACUUUGCACACGCUUGGCAUUCUCUCAACCAGCUUCAUGGGGAAGUCACCUGGAAUGCAUUUCAAUUAACAGGUGUGCCUUGUUAAAAGUUCAUUUGAGGAAUUUCUUUCCUUAACAUGUUUGAGCCAAUCAGUUGUGUUGUGACAAGGUAGGGGUGGUAUACAGAAGAUAGCCCUAUUUGUUAAUACACUGUGAUGGAAAAUGUUAUACUGGUGCUUUUCUAUUUUAUACAUAUCUGAGUUUUAUGUUUGCUUUUCUAAUAACUGUUUCUGUGUUCAUGCAAGUGACUGAUUGAAUGAACCCUCACUGUCAGUAUUUGCAGUUCGCCCAGACCCUUGUUUCGAUAUCUGUUUCAAGGUCUCAGCUUAGAGAAGAAAUGUUGUGAGGUAUGGUCUGUCACAAUCAUGACCUAGUAUUGGUCAGUCACAUGAAUGAAGCAAACUUUAAUGAUGAAUUAAUUAUAAGCUAAAACAUGCAAAUAUGACUUGUCUGCAGUAUAUAAGAGAACUAACAAGACUGCCCCGUUAGAGCUUCUGACAGAUGUUCACUAUGGUGCAUUAAGUUUGUUGGAACCUCUCCAGCUUGCUGAAAAUAAACAAUGAUUCAUUUAA